GGGAGGAGUCUCUGACGAUUUUCGUGGACAAGCGGAAAUUGAGCCGGAAAUCCGAGACCCCAGGCAGUGGCUGGGUGCUGCCCGUUGGGGGCAGCGCGAACAGCUCCGCUGUGUCCCUGGAGACGCUGCAGCUGGCGGCCUCCUACUUCAUCGACAGGGAGAGCACCCUGCGGCGGCUCCAUCACAUCCAGAUAGCCACGGGCGCCAUCAAGGUCACCGAGACCAGGACGGGGCCUCUGGGCUGCAGCAAUUAUGACAACCUGGACUCGGUCAGCUCCGUUCUGGUGCAGAGCCCCGAGAACAAGGUGCAGCUGCUUGGCCUGCAGGCGUUGCUGCCCGAGUACCUGCGGGAGCGCUUCGUGGCGGCGGCGCUGAGCUACAUCACGUGCAGUUCCGAGGGCGAGCUGGUGUGCCGUGACCACGACUGCUGGUGCCGCUGUGCCGCCGGCUUCCCCGACUGCAACUGCCCCGACGCCGACGUGCGCGCCAUGGAGGCCAGCCUGGGGCAGGUGCAGGCUGCCUGGGCCACGCACAGCCGCCAGUUCGAGGAGUCGGAGGAGUUCCAGGCCCUGCUGAAGAGGCUCCCUGAUGACAGGUUCCUCAACUCCUCGGCCAUCUCCCAGUUCUGGGCCGGCGACAGCGACCUCCAGGACCGCUUUGAGCAGCUGGGCGCCAGCCUGAAGGCGCUGCUGGCCAAGACCCACCGGAUCGUCCGCCGCCUCUUCAACCUCUGCAAACGGUGUCACCGGCAGCCUCGCUUCCGCCUGCCCAAGGAGAGGUCGCUGCCCUCCUGGUGGAACCGCAUCCAGUCGCUGCUGUACUGCGGCGAGGGCGCGGCGGCGGCGGCGGCGGCGGCGGCGGCCGUGGGCACGUUCCUGGAGCCGAGCCGCAGCUGCAGCUGCCCCGCCGAGGCGCCGGCCUGCCAGGGCCCCGUGCCGUGCGCCUGGGGCGAGGGCGCGGCCUGCGCGCGCUGCGCGGCCGACAACAGCUCGCGCUGCGGCGCCUGCAACGCGGGCUACGCGCUGGCGCCGGGCGGCGUGUGCCGGCCGGACGUGGCCGAGCCGCCCGAGCACUUCCUGGGCCUGGAGACGGACCUGCAGGACCUGGAGCUGCGCUACCUGCUGCAGCGGCGCGACGGGCGCCUGGAGGUGCACUCGAUCUUCAUCAGCAACGACCUGCGCCUGGGCAGCUGGUUCGACCCGUCGUGGCGCAAGCGCAUGCUGCUGACGCUCAAGAGCAACAAGUACAAGCCCGGGCUGGUGCACGUGAUGCUGGCCCUGUCCCUGCAGAUCUGCCUGACCCGCAACAGCACGCUGGAGCCCGCGAUGGCCAUCUACGUCAACCCCUUCGGGGGCAGCCACUCGGAGAGCUGGUUCGUGCCCGUGGGCGAGGGCGACUACCCGGCCUGGGAGCGCACGGGCGUGGACGUGGCCAGCGCGGCCGCCGCCCAGUGCCAGAACUGGACGCUGACGCUGGGCAACCGCUGGAAGACCUUCUUCGAGACGGUGCACGUGUACCUGCGCAGCCGCGUGCGCGGCGCCAACGACACGGCGUUCUACGAGCCGCUGGAGCUGGGCGACCCCGCGCAGAACCUGGGCUACAUGCGCAUCGACGCGAUGCAGGUCUUCGGCUACAGCCUGCCCUUCGACCCCGAGGCCAUCCGCGACCUCAUCCUGCAGCUGGACUACCCCUACACGCAGGGCUCGCAGGACUCGGCCCUGCUGCAGCUCGUGGAGCUGCGGGACCGCGUCAACCAGCUGUCACCGCCCGGCAAGGUGCGGCUGGACCUCUUCUCGUGCCUGCUGCGUCACCGCCUCAAGCUGGCCACCAACGAGGUGGGCCGCAUCCAGGCGUCCCUGCGCGCCUUCAACUCCCGGCUCCCCAACCCCGUGGAGUACGAGACGGGCAAGCUCUGCAGCUAAAG